CUUUCAAAUAACUUCACAGCAUUUUCUACUAUAACUGAGAUUCAAUUUUCUCUAUAAUUGUUUCUAUAAUAUAAUGCAUUAAAAGCAUUGAAAAUUAGUUAUAUUGUAGUGAAUGACUUAAAUAAAGUGUAAUUCUUAACAAAUUGUUUGAUUGACUUCUUUGUGAAUAUUUAUCAUGAAUUUUAAUAAAUUUGUCGAAUUCAUAGUUUAUUUGCACUUAUAUUGUACGGUAUGUAUGGUUUGGGCGCAGACAACAAACAGUGUGCCGWUCACUACACCGGUGUCCGCAAACACCGACACUAUAACCCAAUCUAAUACACAAACGCCCAAAACAUUGAUAUCACACGAAACGACUAAUUAUAAAAAUGUUGAUGAAGUGACAACAACAUUAGGUUCAAUAAUAACCACUAUUAAGGGUAUUACCGAUACUAACCAACCAUUAGACACACAGACAACUAUUCAACAUUUAACAGAAAAUUCAAAAGAUAGCUCCGGAACUACUAUUCCUCCGAAUCCCACAACUYUAUUGAUAAGUAGUAUAGGAAUAUCUAAUACACAGACAGUAAGCAGUAGUGUCGUUCCACAUACCGGUUCACCCCAUGAAGUCCCAUCACUUGCAACACAAAUGUCAUCACAAAUAACAAAUCCAACGACUAUUAGCCCAAAUAUAAUCAAUGAAAUAAGUUCUAAAAAAAUAAGUGAAAUGACAGCCCAGUCGGGGAUUAAUGACAAAACCACAACUUUAUCAACAAAUGUAAUACAAGAAACUCAAACCACGACUUUGAAACUGACAAAUGAUGUGAAUAUAAUGACAACAACAGCGGUACCAUUAAUUACCAGUCAAACUGUUGAACAAAAGUCGUCUGCGGCCACACAAACCACUAUCGAUGUGGUUAAUCAAGAAGCAAGUUUGGGAACAACUCAGGAACCGAUUAGAUCGUCAACACUAAUAUCAGAAUCAAAGUCAACACUAAUUCCAAUACAUUCCGAUAUUACAGAAUCUUCAGUUAAAACCACUUUAUUUAGUACAACUCUUACAAAUGGUGAUAAACAAUACAUUCCUCCACUCAAUCAUUCACAAGACAUUCAAACACAAACCACGAGUCCAUUGACAGAAACAACAACAGAGACUCGAUAUUUGAAUGCAACUGAUAUUCAUAGUAUUCCUCCUAAUAUACAAACAGAAUCUCAAACACCAACUCAUGGAAACCAAUUGAUUACUACAACUGAAGCACAAACUAGUAGUCCUAUAAUAUCAGAAACACAUCAAACAAUACAAACAACAACAACAGCGCAACCAAUUGAGACAUUAAGAACCUUAGAAUCGGUAACCAGAGAUCACACGGACGACAAUAAAGAGCCGAACAUAACACCCGGUUUUAUUGAAAACUUUAAUUCAAGCGAUGAGACAAAACCGGUUCAGACUUCAGAUAUGGCAGUUGAGGUGACAAGCGUUAAGACAAUAGAAACUACUGAUGAAACACAAAAUAUACAAAGUAGUAGUGAAUCUACUAAAACAUUUGACGAUACACUGACCCAACCGCACGAUUCAAAUACUAUUGAAACGGCAAAGACUAACUCACAACCAUUAGUUCACGACUUGACUACAACUCAUAAUAUGAGACCUAUAACUACAAGCAUUCCCUUUGAAUCAAAUGUCAAUCCAAUUAAAGUUAUUUUACCAAACAUUAAAAGCAUGAAUUACAUCAAUAAAGAAGAUAUGGUUAACACAGUGACCAUCACUUUUAUCGCCAAAUCUGUUGAGAUUUUCCGUUUUAUAACAAUAUUAGACUUAAAGUUCCGUAACUUUACGUGCGAUUGUAUCGAUUCCGAGAGGAAUUGGUGUCAAAUCGAUAAUAUUAUAUAUGUCUCGCCAUCACCUCUUGUAAUGAACAACCAUUUGAUUAUCAGUUUUUUUGUUAACGACUCAAAAGACAAGGAUUUAAAUAAGUAUCACGUAUUCAAAGGUCCAUUAAUUGUUGAGUCGCUCAAGAACUCAACCAAAACAUUGGAACAAUUGAUGGGAUUGGAGGUACAGAGUCUUCAAACAAAUAUGGGAACAAUUGUKGUGAAGCCGUUGGAGUCGGACAGUCACCGAUUGGCCAAAUUUGAGUUAUUGGUGUUCAUCUUUACUAUAGUUAUGUUCAUUUGUACGGUAUUGCUAUGUCUGGCCAUAAUCUGUUCGUGUGCUAAACGAAAGAGCGUUGAUAUGAAUCAGAUACAACUUUCUAACGCUUUUCGACGACAAACCACGACUAACCUCAAUGGCUUUGACUUGAAUUCCGCUUCUAAUAUAUUGAGAGACGAAUUACACGCCAAACGUAACCACAAUGUGAUAAACCUGGAGGAAGGCUGGGUUACACCCAUUGAUAAUUGUUUGGAUAAUGAAAAAAAUAAUGCUAAAUAUGAUUCACUCCAGGACACCAAAUUGUAAAUUAUUGCAUCAAAUUAUUAUAUUAUUAUUAUAAUGUUUAAU